AUGAGUAUUGGUAAUAUAUUUUUAUAUACUACACUGUGGUUGAUUUCAAUUUUUAGUACUACAGGCAGUAUUUCUAUAACUUUCAUAAUACAUUUCAAAUGUAGUGCAUGUAUUAAUAAAUGUUGUGCCGGUUCGUUAGUAUUUCCAAGGUUUAUACUUAGUUCUGCUUUUUGUGCUCAGUCUUGUCACUCUGUACUUAUGAGGGAUCUGGCAAUACCAAUAAACAAAACAUUCAUACAUCCACAAUAUAAGAAAUAUAGGAAAGAGCAACGUCUUAUGGCCAAAAACGACAUCGCGUUAAUUAUGAUUACGUCACAUCCCAAGGCAGCCACUGUAAAAUUAAGUGCUAUUGAAGUUGUAUCAGCCAUCGGUCUAAAAGCUUUGAUUCCUAUACUAGAUGAUCGUAAACCACGCCUUCUGGCGACUGUGAUCCAAUCAUGUUCAAAACACCUACAUCUUAGAGGAUAUCAUAUCUGUUCUUUUGCAAGGUUACCGAAUACAAUACUUAAUAAGUGUCAGCAAACAAAAGGUUUGCCCUUGCUAAUAGACGGACGAAUUAUAGGCCUCUCUAGUUCCCUCGACACAAAAGUGUGUGAUUUUCCACAGAAAAUUUUCACUGCUAUAACACCAUAUAUACCAUGGAUAAGAUUAGUCAUUGAAAACAAUAUAUAUAAUGCAUUGCAAGAUGGAAGCCAAGUCAUAACAAACUCUAACACCUCAUACUAUACAUCUCAAUUAAAAGCACAAACUAUUACAUUAGACAAAAAUAACUCAGUUAAGCGAUACUUUAAACAUUUUGAACAUAAAGAAAUCCCAGUUAUUCCACUAAGUGCAAAAGUAAAAUUUAGCGCAGCACCAAAUGAAGCAACAAAACCGCCGAAAAAAUUAAAAAUGGACACCAAAACUUCUACAAUUAUUACAACUUCAAUGUCAAAAGCAACUGAUUAUAUCCAAAAAGAUAUCGCAGAAUCGACACAUAUGCUGAUAUCAGAGUCGAACAUAAAAUUUGCAGAAAUUUCCGACGCUUCUUUACAUUCGUCAUAUAAUUAUAGUGCUAUGCGGAUUGCAACUAAUGCAAUGGAAUGGUUUAAUAAAAAUAUAAGAAGCAAAUUAAAUGACGGACCACCGCCUUUGCUCAUACUUACUACACCUAAAAUAGUUUAUACUAAAGAAUUUUUAGACCUCACGUGA